AUGGGCACCGCAGACGUUGCCGACAGCAGCAGCUUCGAGUUCGAGAUGUCCUUCCUGGACUACGAGGACUUCGACGUCGCCAACGAGGCCAGCAUCUGCAACCUCAGCCCCUUCAGCGUCGGCCGCUCUCCUUCCUCCAGCAUGGCCCUUGACCACUCUGCAAGGGCGGCGGGGCCGGCGGAGGAAGACAGGGAGAGCGAGAUGGGAGACAUCAUCGUCCAGCUGGAGAUGUCGGAGAGCGCGGUCGUCCGAUGCCUCCAGCGCAUGUUCGGGAGGCUGACGGCCAUGCGAAGCAGCUACGGAGCUCUACAUUGCCAGUGCGAGGCGAUGAUGAAGAGGCUGCAGGAUGUGAACGUCAAGCUGGAGGAGGAGAGAGAGGAGAAGCGGCUCCUCCUGUACGAGCUGAGCAAGGCUUUGCAGCAGCAGAGCGUGAGGGAGCCCAAGGAUGAGGAGAGACAGUCGGCGAGCAGGGAUCAGAGCAGGGGCUCGCAUGCCAGCGAUGCCGCUCCUGAUCACGCGGCUGGUCACCGGAGAGAUGCGACGGAAAGAAGCUCGUGGAGCAUCAGGCCCGGGGGAGUGUGCAGCCCAAACAACAAGAGCUCUUCACAUCACGACAGUCCAGCAGAAGUCCUCGCUCGCGUUCGACAACAGGAAAGCAACAGCGAACGAAACAGUCUGAGGCAGGAGGUGGCAAGGCUGGAGAAGGAGUGUCAGCUCCUGCGUGAGGAUCGGAGGAUGACGAAGCAGCGGAUGCUCGCAGACGCAGUCAAUCUCUCCCUCUCCCCUUCAGCCCAGCUCAGAGCAAGGCUCGUCUCCGUCCACGACUCUGGAGAGCUGGCGGAGGAGCUUGUACCAGUGCCGCUGGCGGCUGCUGUCGUCGGGCUGCCUGCGAGAGGUGAAGGCGGAUGA